AUGGGGACCAUUAUCCUCGGCUCUCAAUGGGGAGACGAAGGGAAGGGCAAGUUGACAGAUCGCCUCCUCAACGAAUUUUCGUUCGACGUCUGCGCACGGGCAACAGGUGGACAUAAUGCUGGGCAUUCGGUCAGGACAGGUGGUCAGACCUAUAGCUUUCAUCUCUUGCCAUCGGGCUUGAUAAACCCCAACACGGACAAUCUGAUAGGCUCGGGCGUUGUUUUCAACGUUGAAGCGUUCUUUAAAGAACUAACUCAACUUGAAUCUCAGGGUGUGCCUCGUCUUCAUAAACGCAUUCAUGUCAGCUCUCGAUGUCAUCUAAAUUUCACUCUGCAUAGCGCGGUCGAUGGCCUCUCAGAACAAGAACUAGGCACGAACCAGAUUGGAACGACCAAAAGAGGUAUCGGCCCAGCAUAUUCAACGAAGGCUGCUCGGGACGGGUUGAGAGUUAUUGAUCUGUAUCACGAGUCUUUCGAACAAAAACUACGUUUGCUAGCCGAAGGUUAUCGUAAACGAUACGGCGAGCUUCUCAAAUACUCUGUCGAGGAUGAGAUCCAAAGAUUCAAGAUAUAUAAGGAACAACUACGUCCAUAUGUCGUCGAUGCCGUGGAAUAUAUGAAAGUUUUACGAGAGAACAAACUCUCAAUGCUCGUUGAGAGUUCUCAGGCCUUAAUGCUCGAUCUGGACUAUGGUAGCUAUCCAUUCUGUACCGCAACGCCAUGCUCAAUAGGCGGGUGCAUCCAAGGUCUAGCGCUCAACCCUUUCGAGAUCAGGAACAUCAUUGGCGUGGUCAAGGCAUAUUCUACACGAGUCGGGGCUGGAAUGUUCCCAACCGAACAGGGUGGGGACAUCGGCAAAAUGCUGCAAGAAAUUGGCGGAGAAAUUGUAGGCUAUUGA